AUGGAUACACUCGACAAGACUGAGUGGGACGUGAUCAUCGCCGGCACUGGACUGCUACAGUCCUUGCUAGCACUCUCUUUAUCGAGAUCCGGCAAACAGAUCCUACAUCUCGAUCACAACACGUACUAUGGCGGACACGAAGCCGCGCUGUCAUUGAGUGAGGCAGAAGAGUGGGCGGAGAAGCAUGCUGGCGAUCCACCUGCUGGAGCAAGAUCAUGCUUCGCCCAAGCAUCAGUCACGAAAACAGCGGAGGGGGACGCCAACGGAAGCAAGCUGGGCUUCUCGCGUGCGUACUCGCUAGCCUUGGCACCACAAUUGAUAUAUGCCCGGUCAAAUCUGCUGCCUGCUCUGGUCUCCUCGCGAACACACAAUCAGCUGGAUUUUCAGGCAGUUGGUUCAUGGUUUGUGGUAAAUGGUGCUACUGAAGAAGGUGGCCAGCCGCGCAUUUUACGGGUCCCAAGUGGGCGCGAGGAUGUCUUCGGAGAUGACAGUCUGGAUCUCCGGGCCAAGCGGUCUCUCAUGAAAUUCAUGCGAUUCGUGGCGAGCUACGACGAGGAGUCUGAAGAGGCGCGAUGGGCGGAGAUCAAAAACAUGGCCCUUGGCCACGCAUUGCGCUCUAAGUUUGGGCUGAACUCUGAUGCCGCUAUUACCCCCCUGCUCGCACUGGCACUUGUCGAAGGCAACAGCGCAGACCUGACUGUCGAGUUCACGGUACCCAGGAUUGCACGACACUUCCGGAGCAUCGGCAUGUUCGGCCCUGGCUUCAGUGCUGUCUUGCCGAAAUGGGGUGGCCUUGCUGAGAUCGCACAAGUGGCAUGUCGGGCCUGUGCAGUGGGUGGUGGUGUCUAUGUCCUCGGCAAAGGCAUCAGAACGGCCACCGCAAGCGCAGACGCCAAGUACGAAGUCGAGCUCAGUGAUGGGGAAGUUGUCACCACGACUUGGCUCACUGGCUGCCCGGACGAUCUACCAUCCGCAGCCCCACCGAGCACAACGAGUAGUCCGUCAAAAACACAAAUCGUCAAUCGGGCCAUCUACAUUAUUUCUUCCUCGCUGGACUCAUUGUUCCCUCCAACCUCUGAGGGCGGUCCCGUACCUGCUGGCGCAGUCGUUCGUGUCGACACAGGCACUGCUGGCGGCGAAGCUGUCAACGUACUCGCACACUCCAGCGACAGUGGAGAGUGUCCAAGCGGUCAAUGUGUUCUAUAUACCUCCUCGAUGGGCUCCAAAGAGUCACAGGAUAAUGCUAUCCAGUACUUGAUACGAAGCGUCAACGAGCAGCCGGAGCCGCAUGUACCAUGGAAGCUGCAGUACCAGCAGUAUAUCUCGUAUCCUUUCGAUGCCGAGGCAGCCACGACAAGUAAUAUUAUAUGCUUGCCGCCUUUGUCGGCAGACAUCGUACUUGGCGACGAAGUGCUCGACGCUGUUCAGCACGUAUGGCAACAAACCACAGGAGUGCCAGCCGACUCAUUCAUGAAGUUCGUGGCGAGAGGAGAGGAAAGUGUUGAGGAGCAAGAUACCAUGUAA